AUGAACCGCCGCCCUCCCGGCUCCUCCAGCGUGCAAUGGCUUAACCGAAGAGACAUGAGCGUCCGGGCGGAGGACAUCAGCUUGUGCCAAAGGGCUCUCCAGAUAGUCACGGAACUUUGUCUCGGAGGGCAUGUGGACCGGGAGAAAUGUUCGGAUAUAUUCCCCCUGGAGAGCAGCAUACCAGAUAUCUCUAUUAGUCUCCUUGCUGUGGUGGUGGGUUUCUGUGGCCUCGCCCUGUUGGUAGUCUCUCUCUUUGUCUUUUGGAAGCUGUGCUGGCCCAUUUGGCGGAGCAAGGCUCUCUCGGCCCAUGCUGAAAAUGGCGUCCAUGUCGGUCUGCCCGAGGCACCCCCUCUCAACCCCCCGCCGGUCACAGAGUCUAAAGUGAAAGUGGUGGAGGUGGAUAAGAAACACCCACCAGAAGUGAAGAUGAACGGACGGAGCUCUGUGAAGCUCCUGGAGGCAGCCAUGAAGAUCAGCCAGACGUCUCCGGACAUCCCAGCUGAGGUGCAAACAGCCCUGAGAGAGAAGCUCAGCCAGCAGGCCAAGAUCCAGAGGCAGACCACCGAGCCCACCUCUUCAUCCAGGCACAACUCAUUCCGGCGCCAUCUGCCUCGUCAGAUGAAUGUCACCAGUGUUGACUUCAGCAUGGACACUCUGCCUAUCCGCCAGUCCUCUACAGUGAGCAUUGGAAGAAUAAAACCUGAACUCUACAAACAGAAGUCUGUGGACUCAGAGGAUGGGUCUAAAGAGCCAGUGGAGACUUGCGGAAAGCUCAGUUUCUCGCUGCGCUACGACUAUGAGGAGCAGGCUUUGGUGGUGCGGAUCCUGAAGGCCCUGGACCUGCCCGCCAAGGACUUCACAGGCACGUCGGACCCUUACGUCAAGAUCUACCUGCUCCCGGAGAGGAAGAAGAAGUUCCAGACGCGCGUCCACCGCAAGAAUUUGAACCCCAUGUUUGACGAGACCUUCUGUUUCCCCGUGGCGUACGACGAGCUCUGCAACCGCAAGCUGCACUUCAGCGUCUACGACUUUGAUCGCUUCACGAGCCACGACAUGAUUGGCGAGGUGGUGGUGGACAACCUCUUUGAACUCUCUGACCUUUCCAGGGAAGCAGUGGUGUGGAAGGACAUUCACACAGCAACCACGGAAAGUGUGGACCUAGGAGAGAUCAUGUACUCGCUGUGCUACCUCCCCACAGCAGGGAGAAUGACCCUAACAGUCAUCAAAUGCAGGAACCUCAAAGCCAUGGACAUCACAGGCUCUUCAGACCCCUACGUGAAGGUUUCCCUAAUAUGCGAUGGUCGGAGGUUGAAGAAGAGAAAAACAACCACCAAGAAAAGCACACUUAACCCGGUGUACAACGAGGCAAUCAUCUUUGACAUUCCCCCAGAGAACGUGGAGCAAGUCAGUCUCUCCAUCAUGGUGAUGGACUAUGACCGGGUUGGACACAACGAGGUGAUUGGUGUUUGUCGCACUGGGCCAGAUGCUGAAGGUCUUGGACGAGAUCACUGGAAUGAAAUGCUGGCAUACCCGCGGAAGCCCAUCACACACUGGCAUGCUCUUGGAGAGUGGCCUGGAAGAGCAGCAAGUUUUGAGAGCCAAGGUUCAUGUCCUUCACCCAAACCUCCACAGACACCGUGAGGAUCACAGGUAGAGUGGUUACAUCACCCCUGCUGUAAAGCCAAGCCUUGGUGAGAUUUAUUGAAGUUGUACUGCCAUUUGGUCUUUUGUGACAAUGUUGUAUGAAAACUGAGGUCACACUAUCAUGAAUGCUCCUGAAAAUUUUUCAGAAAAGUCUGAAAGUUUUUCUGAUUUUUUCUUUUCUUUUCAAGUUCUUCAAGUGCUCUAAAGAGCUGGCUAUGCACAGCACUUAUUGUCAUUAAAUACAUUUCAGUCACUUCGGUCUUAUAUUGCAACAUGACAAAGUAUUUGUUUUCCAUACUGUAUAUCUAU